CAAGAGAGCUGUUGAGUAUCUCGUUUUAACCCACGCGCCGGUUAAGUACGAAUAUCCUCGUACGCAUGUGGACCCCAAAGAUAAUUGUGCGGAACGCUGGCGUAUAUGUUAUCGCGCAGCUCCGAGAUAAAGGUUGUCGUACGUCACAGUAUCAAGAAAUGUCCGUGUGAUGUAUCAUUCGUGUCAGUAAUUGUAACAAAUGUGAAAGGUGUCGCAAAUAUAGUCUAACAUGGCAUCACUGCUAGGAUGCUGGAAGCUAAACCUGUUCCAGUAAGCAAACGUCGCUGACAUGUCGAAACGUGUGGGUCGCGUGGUGAGGUUAUGCGGCAACAACCUGUUGUGUUGUGGUGGUGGAUAAAUAAGCAGUGUGAAACAGUGACAGUGCUGUGGCUGAGACAAGCGUUGUGACGGUGCUUGGUAACCAGGGUGAGCGUGUUCAAAAGUAGCGUAAACGCCGGAUGGCAGUAGGCGUGAUUGUGCUUAUUAUUGUGAGGGUAUGAAGUGACAAGCUGGCAUACCCUUUAGGCCUGUGUGUCUGCGAGACAGGCGUCCUGGAUCACGGCGUGGGCGGCUGCGUGGACACGGGGCUUGGUUCCCGGAAGCCCCCGGUGCCUGGCGUCCCGCCACCCCCAGGUAUUCUAGGGGGUGGCGGAGGCGGCACAGGAACAACAACUAACGUCAUGGGUGAAGUGCCAACUCCAAAGAGGCAGGCUGUGUUUGACAGGUUAAGGAGACGCAUAGAGAAUUAUCGCCGUAGACAAAACGACUGCGUGCCGCGAUUCGAUCAGUGUUUCAAUGGUGUUGUUGAGCAGAAUAUGCAGGAGACACUUAUACUGAAACAACGGUUUCUGGAAACCAAAACUAAACGAGCUGCAAAGAAGACCGAGAAGAAACAAGACAUGGGCCUGCAGAACAGUUUGCACACGUUCCUACGCACGGGCCACACAUCGCCGCAAACAGCCGGCGCGCACAGCCCUGAGGUUCCACACCAGCGACAAGAGUUUGGCGUAAAAAAGGUCUUCUGUCAGCAGCAGAAGUUCCUGAAGCGGACGGCGGAGGAGCUGGAGGCGGGCGGCGGCGCGGGCGACGGCGGCGGCUUCGGCGAGCCGGCCGCCAAGGUGCAAUGCACGGCGGGGGCGGGCGCGGGCGCCGGCCCGGGAGCGGCGGCGCAGGGCGCGGGCGCCGGCGCGGGGGCGCACUCGCCGGCCGCGGGCGGCGGGGCCGGGGGCGCCGGCGCCGGCGGGGGCGGCGGUGCGCCCGCUGCCGAGCCGCUCACCAAGUUCUCCGUCGAGAUCGUGCAGCAGCUCGAGUUCAGCGCCGGCCCGGGCACCGGCACCGGCAACAUCUCCACCAACGUCACCGUCAAGGCAGCCGCCGCCACAGUCAAGAGCACCGGCUCGGGGGCGCCCGGGGGUGGCGGUGGUGGCGGAGGCGCUGGUGGCGGGGGCGGAGGCGCGGCCCCGGGGGCGGACCCUGCGGGCGCCGCCACAACCGCGACGCCGUCGCCCAAGCCAGCGGCGCAGCCGCCUCCCGACCUCGGUGCGCUCGUGGAGUGCAAACAGGAGCAGAUGGACAGUGAGUUCGUGGACCUGGAGCAGUGCGCCGCCGCGCUGGAGAAGGACGCCAACGGCGGCGUCACCUUCCCCGGCCUGUCCGACCUCAUCGGCGACGACACCAGCGACGAGAUCAUCACCUCCGACGCCUUCAACGACCUCAUCUCCGAGAUUUCCGACUUCCACUCGGAGUUUAUGAAGGAGUUCGAUUUCGACGACCGAGGCGGUAGCGGAGGCGGUGGAGGCGGCGGUGGGGGUGGCGGCGGUGCCGGUGGCGGCGAUGCGGGGGCGGGUCGCGAGGACGACAAGACGGGCGUGCUGACGGCGCCGCAGGCUCAGCAGCAGGUGUCGGGGCGGCUGGCGCCGUACACGCUGGACUUCAGCAAGGCGGAGCUGAGCCCGGCGGCGCAGACGCUGAAGCAGAUGGCGGAGCAGCACCAGCACAAGGCGCAGUUGGGCUUCGGCCGGCCCGCGCCCGGCGCCGCGCCGCCGCCGCCGCCGCCACAGCGCUCGCCCUACGACUUCCCCUUCGGAUCGCCGGCCGGCGACUACGGGCCGGCCGGCGCUGGCGGCGCGCAGGUGAAACAGGAGCUGUUCGCGGGCGGGCAGCAGGCGCCGCCGGGGGUGGGCCGCCAGCCGCCCCCGCAGCAGCAGCAGGGACAGCAGCAGCAGCAACAGCAGGCAGCU